GAUCGACACAAUCAUAGUUCACACAUACUAACAAUACCAAUGAUUUGCGCAAUAUAUCUACAUAUUCCUUUAUAUAAAGGCGAUCAUCUAAUAGUGCAGUAGCACCUUACUCAUAAUAUUUUUUAUCCAUCAUGAUAAUGUAUUCUUUGAUUAACUGGAUGUGUGAGCUAUCACCAACAAUCAAGUGGAAGCCUGUGCUUCUGUCCAUCAUCUAACUUUUCAUAUAUAAUUCCAACAACUACACUGAAGAGCUGUGCUGAGGCUGAUCCCACCAAGACCACAAGCAAAGAAACCAAACCUCCAAAGCUUCACUUCUACAUAGAUAACAUUGACAAUAACCUGCCUAACUUUUAAUGUUUGCUGACCAAUCUCUCCACUGAAAUUUAUUAAUAUAUAAUCACCUCUUCCUCUGUAUGAUCAAAUUAUGAGUGGAGAUGAACAAUUACUCUUUGGAUCUGUUGCUAGUUCCCUUCAGCAUCUUCAUCAAUGCAAGCUACCAUUUCUACUUAUGGCAGAGCUGCAAGUCCAAACAGCCUAAGACCACCAUUGGAGUAACCAUUGAAAGGAAAAGAGUAUGGCUUCAAAGCAUCAUGUCGGUAAAUGACAACAAGGUCAUCCUUGGAGUCCAAACCUUCCGCAACUCGAUCAUGUCGACCAUCUUCUCCGCAGCCAUCUCCAUCGUCAUCAAUGCCGCCCUCGCUUCGUUCGCCAGCAACUCGUACACCUCGAGCCACCUCUUCGCCGGCCGCCCGACAUUCGGCUCUCAAUCAGAAGCAAUGCUGGUAUUCAAAUACUCAUCUGUUUCUCUUCUUAUGCUCUUGAGCUUCCUCUUCAAUUCCAUGGCUGUGGGAUUCAUCAUAGAAGCCAAUUUCCUGAUUAAUUUAAAUGAAGGGGAGGUGUUCAGGGCUAAUGCAGAGGGGAUGAUGAUGAAGGGUGUGGUGCUGAGUGUGGUUGGCAAUAGAGCUUUGUAUGUUGGGCUCUCCUUACUGAUUUGGAUGUUUGGACCGUUGGCUUUCGGUUUGUGUACGGCUGGGAUGCUUUGGGGGUUUUAUAGGCUUGAUUUUACCAUGGGAGAAUAAUCAAUUAUUAGCUCAAAUUUUUAUUAUUUCCAA